CAACUCGGUGACUUCCGUCUUGUCCACAUUCCCCAGAUCACUAUCUUCCACCAUUUUCAAGUCCCUCGAACUAAACGGUUCAUGGAUAACUACGAUGGGAAUCCUUCUCUAGGUGGAGAGCCUGCAAUGGACACAGGAGAUUGGAGGUGCCAAUUGCAGGCAGAUUCGCGGGAAAGAAUUGUCAAUAAGAUAUCGGGGACAUUGAAGAGGCAUCUUCCUUUGUCUGGUCAAGAGGGGUUAGUUGAACUCAAGAAAAUUGCUGUAAGGUUUGAGGAAAAGAUUUAUGCUGCUGCGACAAGUCAGUCGGAUUAUCUACGGAAAAUUUCUCUGAAGAUGCUCACUAUGGAGGCCAAGUCUCCAAAUACAGUGACCAGUUCUUUACAAUCCAACUCUGCUGGGUCUUCUGUUAUGCAACCUCAAGUCACCAAUCAAGGACAACUCUUAUCAGAAAACAUUCAAAGUAACAUUCCGCAUGCUGGAAUUCAAUUUUCUGCUGGUUUAUCAUCUGCACAAGCUCCUACCCCAGCUCUGAAUAUGUCUGCCUUACUAUCUGCACUACCCCCUUCCCCUGGUACAGAUAUGCCUGCCAGCAUAUCAUCUGUGUUACCUUCUCCACAGGGCAUAAAUAUGUCUAGUUCAUCAUCUGAACUAUUUCCUGCCUCCGGUCUAAUUCAGUCCGAGUCAUCUUCUGCUUUAUCUCCUGCUUGGAGUCUAAAUGUAUUGGCUAAUUAUCCAUUGGCAUCUUCUCAUCAAUCUCAUGUACAAUCAGCAUCUUUGGCAGAGCAAUCUUUUAGGCUUCAGCAAAAUCAACAAUCAGCUAUUCCCCACUUGACAGAAUCCAUGCUUCAGCAAACAACAAUGCCACAACAGCAUCAAGCGCAACAGUUAAUAGCAACUCUGGAUUCCACUGUCCAGAUUGGAGCUGAAUGGCAAGAGGAGGUCUAUCAAAAGAUAAAAGUCAUGAAGGAGAUGUACCUAACCAAACUAACUGAGAUAUACCAGAAAAAUGCUAUUAAACUAGAGCAGCUCGAAUCUCUGCCACAACAGCCAAAGUCGUAUCGGCUUGAGAAGCUGAAAAUACAUAAGACCAUGCUGGAGCACCUGAUAACAGUCUUACAGGUUUCCAAAAGUAACAUUUCACCUGUUUUAAAGGGGAAGCUGGGUUUAUACGAGAAGCAGAUAAUAAGUUUCAUUAAUACAAAUAAACCCAAGAAACCUGAUUCUUCUCUGCAGCAAGGGCAGCUCACCGUGCCCUCCAUGGAGCACUCGCAUUCCCAAGCUACUCAAGUGCAAUCUCCUGAAAAUCAAAUGAACCCCCAACUGCAAUCCAAGAACUUACAAAGUUCUGUACCAACAAUGCAGCAGAACAAUAUCACGGGAUUGCAGCAAAAUUCCAUAUCUUCUUUAUCUGGGGUUUCAACAGCACGGCGAAAUAAGAUGAAUCCAUUGCAGCCAAGCUCCAAUAUGGAUCCAGGCCAGGGAACCUCACCAAAUUCACUGCAGCAGGUACCUGUGGGCUCUAUCCAACAAAUUCCUGUCGGUGCUCCCCAACAAGCUAACAUGAAUGCCUUAUCAUCACAGAAUGGGAUUAACAUGCUGCAGAACAACAUUAAUCCCCUUCAGUCAAAUCCUGGUAUUCUUCAUAGCCAACAUCUGAAACAGCAGGAACAGCAAUUGUAUCAGAAUCAACUGAUGCAACAAUAUCAACAACGAGUGAUGCAGCAGCAGUUGUUGCAGCAGCGUUUGAUGCAGCAGAAGUUGAUGCAGAAGCAGCAGAUAAUUCAACAACAACAGCAGCUACAACAGCAAGCCAAGCAGCAGCUUCCUGGACAGUUGCAGGCUCACCAAAUGCCACAGCUUCACCAAAUCAGUGAUGUUGAUGAUGUGAAAAUUAGACCGGGGAGUGUUAAGCCAGGGACUUUUUUGUCAGGGGAUGGCUUGCAGCAAAAUUCUGUGUCUUCUUUGUCAGGUGUUUCAACUGCACAACAGAACAUGAUGAAUCCAUUGCAGUCAAGUUCCAACGCUGAUCCAGGACAAGGAGUCUCACAUCAGUUAAAUGCCGGUUUCCUUCAUAACCGAUUUCUGCAGCAGCAACAGCAAUUGAGACUGAUGUUCCUCCAGAGUCAACAGCGACAGCUGCAGGAACAGUUGAUGCAGAAGAAUCAGAUUUUUCAACAAAGACAACAGCAAGAGAUACAGCACCUGCUUCGAAAGUUGGAGCCCGAGCUUCCCCAAGUCAAUGUUGUUAAUGACAUGAACACGAGUGCUUUGUUAUCAUCACAGAGUGAGAGUAACAUGCUGCAGGGAAGCAUUGAUUCCCUUAACUCAAGUUCUCGUAUGGGUGAUAAUAAACAGCAUCAGAAGCAAGAACAGGAGGAGAAAGUGUUUCAGAAUCAACUCAAGCAACCGUAUCAACAGCUACAGAUGCAGCAGCAAUGGACGCAGAAGCCGCAGAUGCUUCAAGAAAAGCAACAGCAGCAGAUACAGCAACUACAGCAACAAACAAAGCAGCAGUUGCAUCAUAUUUAUUUCAUCUAUCUCAUUUUUCUCGCCAUUUUGUUGGGCGCUUACCUUUUCGGGACAGUUACAUAUACGAACAGCUUCAUGGAGGAUCCUGCUACUCAACUGUCUAAAGGUUCAUUUCAAAGUGCAGCAAACAUUGUACAAGAAUAUCUAGCUGCAUCUGUUGAGGAACCUAUAGGAGAAUCCCCGAAGCAGACUUACGCUUCUAUAGUUUCGAUGGACACGAAUAAUUGGAGGCCUCCUCCGGGUGGGGAGCCUGCAAUGGAUGCAGGAGAUUGGAGGAGCCAGUUGCAGGCGGAUUCGCGGCAGAGAAUCGUUAAUAAGAUAAUGGAUACAUUGAAGAGGCAUCUUCCUUUCUCCGGCCAAGAGGGACUGCAUGAACUCAAGAAAAUUGCUGUUAGGUUUGAGGAGAAGAUUUAUACUGCUGCUACGAGCCAGUCGGAUUAUCUACGGAAAAUUUCUCUGAAGAUGCUCACUAUGGAGAGCAAGUCUCAGAACACCAUGGGUAAUUCUUUACCAAGCAACUCUGCGGGUAAUAGUAACAGGCCCCCUGAUCCAGUAGGAUCUUUCGGUAUGCAAGCCCAAGCUCCGAAUCAAGGACAGUCACUCUCUAUGCCAGUGCAAGCCAAUCAAUCUCAAACACGACAACAACUGUUAUCACAGAACAUUCAGAAUAACAUUCCGCCCACUGGAGUUCAAAAUUCUGCUGGGUUAUCAUCUGCGCUACCUCCUGCAUCAGGUCUCACCCAGACUCCUAUCCCGAAUAUGGUUGGACAAAGUGCAAACUUGCAAAGUAUGUCGGGGACAUCACAGAAUUCAUUAGGGAACUCUAUGGGUCAAGGGGUAGCAUCAAAUAUGUUUGCUAAUUCCCAAAGGCCAAUGCCAGGAAGACAACAGGUAGUUCCCCAACAGCAACAGCAGCAACCCCAGAAUUCACAGCAGUUUAUGUACCAGCAACAGUUACAACAACAGCUAAUGAAGCCAAAUUUUAAGCCGGGAAACAUCCAACUUGUGCAAAAUCAUAUGCAACAGCAACAACAACAACAGCAGAACUUAUUGCAACCAUCUCAAUUACAAUCUUCUCAGCAAUCUGUUAUGCAACCUCCUGCAGUGCAGUCGUCUCUCUCUAGUCUUCAGCAGAAUCAACAAUCUGCUAUGCAACACUCUUCACAAUCCAUGCUUCAGCAGCAUCCUCAAUCUGUUCUCCGGCAGCAACAGCAGCAGCCUCAACAGUCUUCUGUUGUCCAUCAGCAGCAAACGCCAAUCCCACAGCAGCCACUAUUGCCCCCACAGCAGCAGCAACAACAGCAACAGCCACAGCUUAUGGUGCAACAGCCAAAUUCUACAAACUUGCCGCAGAAUCAGCUUAUUGGACAACAAAACAAUGUAGGGGACAUGCAGCAACAGCAACAGCAGAGGUUACUAAACCAGCAGAAUAAUAUGUUAAACUUGCAACAGCAACAGCAACAGCAACAGCAACAACAACAACAACAACAACACCAAUUAAUGGCUCAGCAAAACAACCUCUCAAAUAUGCAUCAGCAACAGUUGGGCCCUCAGAGUAAUGUUACUGGAUUACAGCAACAGCAGCAAACUGGUAACUCAAGCAUGCAAACUAAUCACCAUCCUGCACACAUGCUGCAAUCCAAGGUUCAGCAACAUCAGAGUUCAUCAUUGCCAACUCAAGGACAUCAGUCCCAACCUCAGGCAUCACAGCAACAAUUAUUAUCACAGAUUCAAUCUCAGCCUGCACAGAUGCAACAACAGAUGAGUAUGCAACAGCAAUCAAACCCGCUACAACGAGAUAUGCAACAAAGGAUCCAAGCAUCAGGUCAGGUAUCAGGAUCUAUGCUUCAACCACCAAAUGUAAUGGAACAGCAAAAGCAGUUAUAUCAGGCUCAAAGACCCCUUCCUGAGACGUCAUCAACGUCUCUAGAUUCCACAGCCCAGACUGCUGAUUGGCAAGAGGAGGCCUAUCAAAAGAUCAAGGUCAUGAAGGAGAUGUACUACCCCGAACUUAGUGAAAUGUACCAAAAAAUUGCUGCUAAACUCCAUCAGCAUGACUCUCUUCCACAACAGCCAAAGUCAGAGCAGCUUGAGAAGCUGAAAAUGUUUAAGGCCAUGCUGGAGCGCCUCAUAACAGUCUUACAAAUUUCCAAAAGUAACAUAUCACCUGGAAUGAAGGACAAGUUGGGUGUAUACGAGAAGCAGAUAGUAAAUUUCAUCAAUACAAAUAGACCCAGGAAGCCUGUUUCUACUCUGCAGCCUGGGCAGCUCCCUCCACCGCAUAUGCAGUCCAUGCAGCAGUCACAAUCCCAAAUUACUCAAGUGCAAUCUCAUGAAAAUCAAAUGAACCCACAAUUGCAAUCCAUGAACUUGCAAGGUUCUGUGCCAACAAUGCAGCAGAACAAUAUGACGGGAUUGCAGCAAAAUUCUAUGUCUUCUUUAUCCGGGGUUUCAACAGCACAGCAGAACAUGAUGAAUCCAUUGCAGCCAAGUUCCAAUAUGGAUCCAGGCCAGGGAACCUCACUGAACUCACUGCAGCAGGUCCCUGUGGGCUCUAUCCAACAAACUCCUGUCAGUGCUCCCCAACAAGCUAACAUGAAUGCUUUAUCAUCACAGAAUGGGGUUAACAUGCUGCAGAACAACAUUAAUCCCCUUCAGUCAAAUCCUGGUAUUCUUCAUAGCCAACAUCUGAAACAGCAGGAACAUCAAUUGUAUCAUAAUCAACUGAAGCAACAAUAUCAACAACGACAGAUGCAGCAACAGUUGAUGCAGAAGCAGCAGAUAAUUCAACAACAGCAGCAGCAACAACAACAGCUACAACAGCAAGCAAAGCAGCAGCUGCCUGGACAGUUGCAGGCUCACCAAAUGCCACAGCUUCACCAAAUCAGUGAUGUUAAUGAUGUGAAAAUUAGACCGGGGAUGGGUGUUAAGCCAGGGUCUUUUCAGCAACAUAUGUCUGUAGGCCAGCGUGCAUAUCCUCAUCAGCAAUUGAAAUCGGCAUCCCCAUAUCCUGUUACAUCAAGUAACCAACUCCUUCAGGCUCAAUCUCCUCAACUUUCACAACAUUCAUCUCCACAAGUUGACCAGCAGUUGUUAGUCCCAAAAGCUGGGACCCCUUUGCAAAACGCUAGUUCACCAUUUGUCAUCCCAUCUCCUCCAACUCCCAUGGCUCCAUCGCCUAUGCCAGGGGAGUCAGAGAAACCUUCCUCGCUCUCAAAUGCAGGGAAUGUUGGACAUCAACCAACAGCUGGUGUCGGAGCUCAGGUCCAGUCCCUUGCCAUCGGUACCCCUGGGAUAUCAGCCUCUCCUUUGCUCGCUGAAUUUAUUGGUCCAGAUGGAACUCAUGCUAAUGCUUUGUCAACUAUAUCUGGCAAGUCAAGUGUUACAGAGCAACCUCUUGAACGCUUGAUUAAAGCGGUCAAGUCGAUAUCAACAAAGGCAUUAAGUGCAUCUGUCAGUGACAUAGGCUCAGUAGUGAGUAUGAUUGAUAGGAUAGCAGGUUCAGCACCAGGUAAUGGAUCUAGAGCUGCAGUUGGUGAGGAUCUGGUUGCUAUGACAAAAUGUCGUUUACAGGCAAGAAACUUCAUCACUCAUGAUGGAACAACAAAUGGGACAAGGAAAAUGAGGCGAUACACUAGCGCCAUGCCCUUAAAUGUUGUGUCAUCAGGGGGCAGCAUGAAUGAUAGUUUCAAGCAGUUGACUGGUUCGGAGACAUCUGACCUGGAGUCAACUGCAACAUCUCGUAUCAAAAGGCCUAGGAUUGAGGCUAAUCAUGCUCUUAUGGAAGAAAUAAGAGAAAUAAAUCGGCGGCUUAUAGAUACAGUUGUUGAUAUCAGUGAUGAAGAUGUUGAUCCAAGUGCAGCUGCUGCUGAAAGGGGUGAAGGAACCAUUGUCAAGUGCUCUUUUGAUGCUGUGGCUCUCAGUCCCAACUUGAAAUCGCAAUAUGCUUCAGCACAGAUGUCUCCGAUUCAGCCAUUAAGACUGCUUGUUCCGACAAAUUACCCAAACUGCUCUCCAAUACUGUUAGACAAGUUUCCAGUUGAAGUCAGUAAGGAGUAUGAAGAUCUUUCUGUGAAGGCAAAAUCAAGGUUUAGCAUCUGUUUACGAAGCAUUUCGCAGCCCAUGUCUCUUGGGGAGAUAGCAAGGACUUGGGAUAUUUGUGCACGUGCAGUUAUUUCUGAGCAUGCACAGCGAAGUGGUGGAGGCAGCUUCAGCUCAAAGUACGGGACAUGGGAAAACUGCCUGAGUGCUGCUUGAUUACCACGAAGACAAAGCCAUUGGGUGUUUAUACCCUUUUGCAUGAUAUAUACCCGCGUUGUGCCGUAAUGAUUGAAGCAGUUUUGGAUACCUGGUAGGCAGAUAUGGUGAUAUAUAGGAGCAACUUUGGGAUAUCUUUAUAUAAUUUGACUUUCCAAUGGGGUUCUCUGUUGUGUUUAUCCCUCCCAGGUUAUUUCUGGGUGCUAUAAUUACUGUAAAUAAUGUUCUCUGUAAGUUUCUGUUCGCAUUAAGAAUGAAGAUGCGGUAUUCUGCUCCGUUUGUAAUAAAACUGGUUUUAGUUUUUCUGUAGCAGCCUAUGAACUUGCCUGUGAUAAAUUGAUGAUACACUCAGUCAGUUCACUUAGUUGGGAAGUGCUAGCAUAACAUAUGAAUUUUGAAGGAAAUUGGGACUGUUAAACUUUCUAGAGAUUCUUUUCUGAGUUGCAA